UCUUAGUUUUUUUCUCAAGUUUUUGAAUAAUUAAUAAAUGGAAUUAUAAUUAUGUCAUUUAACGAUUUGCCCGUUAACUGUCUUUGGAAGAUCUUUGGAAAUGUCCAUGAGGUCGAAGAUUUGAUUAGAUUGUCUAAAGUUUGUUCGAGAUGGUCCGAUUUAAUUACGUUGAGAUUUAAUCGAGUAAAAUAUCUUCGUUUGAUAAAUGGCCAAAAUGAUUACAUUGAUAAGUACACAUUGUGGAUAAAUCGUACGGAUUGGAAAGAUUACAAUUUAAUGGAAUCGUUUCCGAAUCUUAAGAUUAUAGAGAUUUCGUCGCCUGAUCAUCUUCCAAUUGGUAAUUUCAACAAAAAUCCAAAAAUAAAAGGAUUGAUUGAUCUUCAUAAUGCUAUUAAAGAUGAUUUUAAAUUGGAAAACAUCGAAAUGUUUGCUUCAGAACGUUAUGAUCUCGAUUAUGAAAAAGUUUUUCGACCUGAUCAGUUGAAACAAGUUUACAGCUACUUCCUUGAUAUGACUGAUCUUCCUUCAUUCAUUAAAUAUUUUCCAAAUCUAAGGCGACUUCACUUAAAGCUAGAUGAUGCGAACGAAGUUUUUUACGAUGGAGUGUAUUUGUCCUCGUUAAAGAUUCUUGAACUUGGUACAGAUUCGGUUAUUGGUUUCAAUUUCAUGGAUUUUUGUCCCUCUCUGGAAAGCGCUUUCAUCCAUUGUUGGACCGAGGAUAUUAAUGUAGAUGAAUCGAUAAAGAAUUACAAUUUAAGAGAUUUGGUUAUCAAGAAUUCUAUCAAUGCUCCUUGGCCAUAUCUACUAAGGCUACAAAGACUACGAAGAGUACUUUCCAAAUUUCCUAAUUUACAUCAUCUUGGGAUCAGAGAUAUGGUUGAGAUUAAUGAUAGUAAUUUAGAAGAAUUGGUAAAAUUAUUACCAAAGUUGAAAAUAUUGGACUUGAGAACAUGUGUUAAUGUAACUGAAAAAUCAGCUGAUAUUCUGUCCAAAUUUUGUGUCAAAGAGAAUCGAUCAAUUGUUAUGUAUUACGAUUGUGUAAAAGAGCCGAUCGAAUGGCCUAAAUUGGCAAAUACUCACGAGCCAAUUUGCUAUGGAUUCAAUUUCAUGAAACAUUGUUUUUAUAAAACUUUCAACGAUCUUCCAAUUUUCAUUGAUGAAUAAAAUCGAAACAUGCUGUAAUAA